UACAGACCGCAAAGCUUUUCCAUGCAAAAUUGUUGAUGUUUUGCCAAAUGAUCAAUAUCAUCUCAGUUGUGCUACAGAUAUAAUUAACAGGUAUUAUUUAGCAAACGAAAUGGAGUUAAUGGGGUCACAAGAAUUUUCAGAGCUUGAAAACAUACCUAAUAUUCCUGUUGGUGUUCGUGAAGCUGUACUUGCUUAA